AUGGAGUGCAAUUUGGCAGAGUCUUCUUGGCAAAUGGGAAUUUAUGAUGAUAGUGAGAUGAAAACCCCGACUUUUGAUAUCUUCUUCAGGAUAGUUGUUCGGGAGUGUUUACCGGGAGUUAGUGGCUAUGAUUUUUGGGAAAGUAUUGCAAAAGGGGCAUUUCAUUCAGGUGUUUCGAAAGAAAGCCAUAUUCAGUCCCCGAUUCAUAAACUCCUCCAUCGGUUGGUUACUUUUUCUAUCAACUACAAGAAGCAUGGAGACAAAAUGACAACUUUAAAUUUAUUCUUCUUAUGGACGGUAACAUGCAAGGCAGGGAAUGAUCUUUCUACGGGAUAUUUGGAGCCCAUGCAUGUUUUUGUCAAUAUGGGAUCGCACUGGAGUAUGCAUGUUGAUAAUUAUGGGGAGAAAAUUGGGCAACCUGAGCAGCAACCACAUCUAAGAGGAAGGAGAAAUGUUCAUGGGCGUGGUGAUAGAGGUCAGCCGAUGCACCAGAAUGCACCAAUGGAAGGAGCACCUCUUGGCGAGGAGACGAUGGCGGGCUAUUUUGAUCAAAUGAGCUUGAGUAAGAAGUGGAUCGGUGGGACGAUGAUGAAUAUGAUCCGAGACUUCAACGUUACACAACCACCUCAUUUGGGAGACCGUUAUCAAGUUUGUUCGACAUAA